GCGCAGGCGCAACGACGUUGCUAGGAGAAGAGCGGAGGCGCGGAUAGAGAGGCAGGAGUGCGCAAGACAACAGUAGCACGCAGGCGCGGCAUUAGCCGAGCGUCUCUCUUCGCAGGCGCAGUUGCACGUAGGCGGUGGCAGGCAGCGCGCUGCGCAGGCGUGUCGAGGGGCGGGUGGUUCCUUCCUCUUUCCUUCCUAUCUGAGCGUUCGGAGGGUGUGAGGUGCUGCCGCCAUUUUGUCAGGAGUCCCGGUGCCAGCUCGGCCGCGGCCAUGCGUCCUGGAGUGAAGCUGUUCGUGGGGAACGUGCCCGAGGAGGCCACGGCCGAGGAGCUGGGCGAACUGUUCACGGGCGCGGUAGGCCCGGUGCUCGGCGUGGCCCUCAUGAAGCAGUUCGCCUUCGUGCACCUGCGGGAUGAGGCGGCCGCUGUCCGCGCCAUCGCCCAGCUCAACGGGCACCAGCUGCACGGCCGCCGCAUCGUGGUAGAGCCGUCCCGCCCGCGGCCCACCAACACUUGCAAGAUCUUCGUGGGUAACGUUUCGGCGGCCUGCACCAGUGGAGAGCUGCGUGCGCUCUUCCAGCAGUACGGGCCCGUGGUGGAGUGCGACGUGGUGAAAGACUAUGCAUUUGUUCACAUGGAGAAAGAAGCAGAUGCAAAAGUUGCCAUCGAAAAUCUUAACGGAAAGGAAGUGAAAGGAAGAAGAGUCAAUGUGGAACUCUCUACUAAUGUUCAGAAAAAGGGGGCAGGACAAAAUGCCCAGGCAGGCCCCAAUGCUGACAAGAGCAAGAGAUCAAGUGUGGACUAUAGAGAAAAAUAUCAACCCAAGAUGGAUGGUUAUGAGCAGCUUAGGCCUACAGACUCUACGUAUGCAUCAGUCUCUGCAGGAUACACUGCAUCCUCGCUCUACGAUUAUCAGCAGCGCUUCGGUGGCACCAACACUUCAAGCAAAUACAACUCAUUUGAUACUCAGACAAGGCAAGCAUCUCCCUCAUAUUUUGGAAGGGACAGAAGCCCAAUUCGACGAUCACCAACAAGAAUCGGCUUUGCCACUGUGUCGCUACCCAUGACAGCACAACCAGCAUCCUACAGAGCUCAGCCAUCAACCUCACUGGGUGCAACCUACAGAGCCCAGCCCUCUGCAUCACUCGGAAUGUCUUACAGACCCCAGCCAACAACGGGACAGGCAGCAUCUUACAGGGCCCAGCCCUCGACCUCACUUGGAAAUACUUACAGAACCCAGUCCUCUGUUUCACUAGGAGCUUCUAAUACCCAGCCUGCAGCCUCAUCACUAAAUUCCUACAGCGCCCAGGCUGCUGCUUCUUACAACACCCAGGCUGCAGCUUCCCAGUUAGCCUCUUAUGGGGUCCAGUCCACAGCAACACUAGCGUCAUCCUAUGGAGCUCAGCCUUCAGCCACGCAUGCAGCCUCUUAUGGUACUCAGCCUGUGGCUGGUUACUCAGCCUCCUAUGGAGCUCAGCCAACAGCCACACAUGCAGCUGCUGCCUAUGCAGCUCAGCCUGCGGCUGGUCACACAGCCACCUAUGGAGCCCAGCCUGUGGCCACGCAUGCAGCCGCCUAUGGAGCCCAGCCUGCAGCCAGCCACUUGGCUUCUUAUGGAGCCCAGCCUGUGGACAGCCACUCAACCUCUUAUGGAGCCCAGCCUGCAGCUACUCUCUCAGCCUCGUAUGGUGCUCAGCCUGUGGCUGUCCAUUCAGCCUCGUAUGGUGCUCAGCCUGCAGCUGCUCUCGCAGCCUCGUAUGGCGCCCAGCCUGUGGCCGGCCAUUCAGCCUCGUAUGGCGCCCAGCCUGUGGCCGGCCAUUCAGCCUCGUAUGGCGCCCAGCCUACAGCUGUGCUCUCAGCAACCUAUGGUGCCCAGCCUGCAUCCACUCUGGCUGCAUCUUAUAGCAAUCAGUCUGCAGCAGCUUCCUACAAAUCACAGGUCUCUGCUCCACUGACCACACCCUAUAGAACACAGUCUUCAAACUCAAUGUCAGCUUCAUAUACAGCACAGCAGCCGUCCUCUGUUCCCUUGGCAGUCACUUUCAGAGCUCAGCCUGUGACUGCAUAUGAUGGGCCAACCCAGCUUGGACAACAAGCAACCCCGUAUUUGGGACUGUCUCAGUCUUCUGCUGCUGCUGCCAUCGCACCACCAUACGAACGCACCCGCCUCUCUCCUCCACGGAGUGCUGGCUAUGACGAUCCUUUCAAAAAAUCAUCUGCUUUGGCUAAAAGGUACAGUUCUGACCGCCGUUUAUCUGACCUCUCAGAUUACCGUCGUUUAGCAGACUCGCCACUUGUGUACCGUCAUUCGCCGACAAAGUCCCCGCUGGAUUAUCGCCGUCUUCCAGAAGCGCAUUCCGACUAUGCCCGUUAUUCGGGUGCCUAUGGCGAUUAUAUGCAUACUGCUCGGCUACAUUCUAAUUACCAGCGCCGCCUGUAGGUGGGGUUGGGGUUCCUGUUCCAGAUGGGGGCAGUAUCAUUGAUUACAUGUUCCCCACUGGGACACGCUUUCUUAGCAUAAAGCCAAUCUGCGUCUUUACUAGGCUGGCUUCCUCAUUCAGUUCUCUGCAGAUUCUGAGUUACUAAAUUUCCUUCCCUCCCAUGCUAUCUCAGGUGUCAUUACAGCCUGUCGUUUUGGCUCUGUUCCUUAAUGUCACUUGAUCAAAGAAUUAUUUGAGGCGAUAGUAUGAGGCAUCUCUGAGACAUGCUACUACAUCCAACACAAAUAGCAUUCUCCUGGUCUUUACUUUGGGGGGUUUUAUUUUCAGCUGCCUUUUUUGUUGCGUUUUUAGAAUGAUCUGAAUUUAUGAUCUCAAGAAGAACCUGUGCUGCAACCCCAGGAAUGAUGUAAACAACUGCUGCACAUUGUGUCUUUGAAAGUCGAAGACUCGAGUUCCUUCAUGCUCCAGUAGGGCUAAGAAUGCCAUAGCAUAUCUGGAAUCGGUUUUUGUUUGCAACUCCUGAUGCUAAUGUCUCCAUUAGUAAGACAUAAGUUGCUCAUGCAGGAUUCCUAAUAAAUGCAGUUCACAAUGACUGUUGCUCAGUAUUGUUUUUAUAACCCGAGCAAUUGCUUUCUCUGAAUGGAAGAGCAAAUGCUCUUUUAUGUAACGUGAAAAUCCUUUUUCUUUUUACACCGGUGUUAAGUUUGCAGUAGGUGUGAUGUUCGAAUCUAUACAUCUGAAAUGAGUUAGUUUUUGUAUUGACUGUAAAUAAAAUGCAGGCUAUUUACAGUUUAGAAAGUUGUCUGGUGUAUUUUUUCUUCUAGUUUAAUUGGUUUCAGGAGUAAUGUCCCAUGUUCUUUAACUCUCUUCCUUUCAUCCUAAAGGUAAAUCAAAGGACUUUAAUGAGUGCAUACAUACAGUACCACUGCAAGGCAGCCAGCUCUAGGGAAGAAGAAAUGUGGUAGCCAGCUGGUGCACAACAGAGAGCUGGAGUAUUGGCCAAGAGCAGGCCAGAUCUCUGUGCUGUAAGAUUUGUUGUUGCGUCAUAGGUGUGCCCCUUAACAGACAUGUCGGAGGUCUCUGAGAGCUUAUAGUUUAAACAGAAAAUGUGCUUGGGAGAAGAGCAGUGGGUGACUUCAUUUCUUAAAGUGGGUCAACACCUCAUCUUAAUUCUCAUUCCAAAGUACCUCUCCCCAGGACACUGCCUGGUACCAGGUUCAUCUACCUCUGCAGCGUGGAGCUCUCCAUCAGCUCUUCUGGGCAUUUAAACCUGCAAUUUGAAGGUAUUCGGUGUUCGCCAUCUAUAUGAUGCCAGAAUUGAACUUCCAGUCCCUGCCCUGAAUUUGUUACAGCAUAAAUUGAUAAAGGACAGGUGUAGAGAAGGGAAGGACAAGGGCUAAAGAAAUGUCUUGCCUUGAGAGAAUGAUUUGAAUUUUCUAAUUAGGGCAGAGUAGCUAGGAAGAAGCAAGUGGCCUAGGCAUGUAAGGGCAGACUAAAGGAAUGAUUUCUGAAGGACUGAAAACACUGGGGACAGGAAAAGGAUGUGUCUCUGCAUGAAGACUAGUGUGGAAUCACAGAGGUGAGGUUAGCAAGAGAGGGGGGAAGAGGUGAGCUGAGAGUGCAAGGAUCAAGGAGGAGACCCACCUUCAAGUAGAUUGGGGUGGGAGUGGAUUUGAUGAAUGUUAGAAAAGAUGAUCAGAUUGUGGCUUGCUGGACUUUAGGGGGGAUGUUACAUCUGCAAGGAUUAAGGAUGUUCAAAAUCCCAACUUGCUUCCUGGACUCUUCCCGGCGUUCCAUCUGGCUGCACCUACAACAUGACAAUGAUGGCAGCUGCUGGAGUUAGAAUCUGCUUGCUCCCUCCUGAUGGCAACACCAGUGGGGUGUUUUUUUUUAUUAGUAGCAAUAAUGUUGCUGCUCUUUGUAGAAGCCGUUUGAGGUGGAGUGAUUUUGACGAGCCUCUUUGUCACAGGCCAGCCAAAGCGAUGACUCAUUAAUUUCCUUCUUUAGGAUGCGAGGCAUUUUACACCUUACUCUAUAUUGUGUUCUCUAUUGGUGAGGGCUUCUUUCCUGCUACAGGUGUCUCCUGGAUGGUAGUGAGUAAUUCACCUUUGUAUUUACUCAGUCCCCAGUCCUAAACCUAAGAGGACUGAUAAUGUGACUCCUCAUCAAGCUUCCUUUGUGUAGUUCAUGAGCUGUAGCCACCUCACCAGACUGAUUCUCUCUCCAAAUUGACAAAUGCAGGAGCUACCUCAACUUUUUUUCUAGAAGAUAUAUAUUUUUGUACAUUUCAGUCAUUUAUAUCUGAUUUUGAAAUUGAUGUGGUAUGCAGUUGCCUUCUCUAUUGGAUUGUUCAGAUUUUGCUUCACUAACUACAUCCACAAAUCUUUGGACUUGCCACUGAACCUGUUUAACUUCUUAAAAUGCACUUAAAAAUAAAUGCAGACAGGUAAAUGAUUAAACUUGAGUAGGAAAACAGUUUCAGUUGGAAAACUUAGAUUACGGUUCAGUGAUUUUGUACCCAGAAAACUUUGUGAAAUUCUGUAGUUACUGGAAUUGGUGAAAAUAUAGCUGUGGGUGUGAACUUUUUGCAUUUUUUUUUUUAAGGUAAAUUUUGAAUAUUCUCUGCCCCAUCUCAAAUAUUCAGUCCCUAGUACUCUUGCUGUCCUGUAGCUGUUAUUGAAAGUCUGGGUUGGACUUUCAUGGAAAUUUAAGUUAAACAUGUUACAGAUUAGAAGUAUUUUUUAACUUUAGGUAAUUUAGCUGUCACUCAUGCAUGUAGAAAAUAGUGUUACAAUUAGGUAUUAUACCUCUGUUCUGAAUCUAGCUCAACUUGUGUUUAAAUGCUUUUUUGUCAUCAGGCCAAAAAUCUUUCUCAACAGUUUUAUAAACACUUACUACAUGAGAGUAAGUAGCUUUGUACUGAUUGUAACUGAUUUUUGUGUGUUUUUAUGUAACUAGUAACACAUGGUUGACUUUUGAUCUUAUGCCAAAGUUUGAGGUUUUUUUCAUUGCUGGUGUUUAUUAAAAUGUCUAGAAUGUU